AUGGAUAGAAAAAUAUUGGGAGUUAACAUCCAAUACAUCAAAGACUUUAAGAUUUGCAUCAACACAAUAGGUAUGGUGCAUUUAACAACCAGACACACAGGUAUGUUAUUAAAGAAAAAAAUCUUAAAAUGUCUUCAAGCCUUUGAUAUCGAUAUAACGCAAUUGUAUUCAUCGACAAUUGACAAUGGAUCGAACGUGAUAAAAAUGUCAGAGUUAAUCAAAGAACAGCAAGAAAAAGAAAUUAGAAACGACGACGAUCAAGACGAUCAAGACGAUCAAGAAGAAUUGAAUAUCAUUGAUCUCAGCCUGCCUACAUUGGAUAACGCAACGCGAUGGAAUUCAACUUAUUUAAUGAUAAACUCCUUAUUUUUAAUGAGAUUCUCUAUCAAAAAUGAUAAAGAAUGCAGUUUCGUCAAUCUAGAUUGGAAUUUCAUUGAAAAAUUUGUUAUGGCUUUGAAGCCUUUGAAGCAGUGUACACUUGAACUACAAAAGGAGCAAUAUGUACUAGAAAAUUUUUACCGAGAUUGGCUAACAUGCGAAUUAGAAUUAGAAGACAUGAUACCAUCAAAUCCUUAUGCUGUAUCUCUUAGGGCGGCUAUGGAAGAUCGGAAGAAAAAGCUCUUGAGUAACAAUGCUUUUGUGGCUGCAUUUUACAUAGAUCCAAGAUUUAACUUUAAUGGAUCAUCAAUCCUAUCUAAAGAACAAAAACAGACUGCAGUGACUCACUUGCUCAAUACUUUCACGAGUAUUAAAAAUUUGGAAGACCCUUUACAUUCCGAGUUGGAAGCCAUAGGAAUAAGUUCCAUCAUUCAUACAGCAUCGCCAUGCAGAAGUAUGAAACAAAAACUAAUAAUGUUGUCCAAGAGUAUGAGAGUACCCAUUGAAAAAAACAUUCUCCAAUACUGGAAACAUCAUAACCAAGAUCAGGAUCUAAUACAACUUGCUGGAGUUGUUUUAGCAGUGCCAGCAACUCAG